AUGGGAUACACAAGCAAACAUUUCGAAAAUCCCUUAAUUAUAUUCAAUCAGGACCCCCUUGCCGCAAACAAUAGUUUAAUUGUAACUGGAAAUUCUAUUGUAGUAUAUGAUAGAACUGAUAUUAUUACAUCAUUUCAAUACGUACCAGAAACAGAACCAGACCUACCCACACAACAUUUGGAAAAUGCCAAUGUAUUAAAUAAUUAUUUUCCAGAUAUAGCAUUUGACGAUCUUACUUUUUCUAUCGAACCUAUAGAAGAAGAAUUGGAUAUACUUCCUUCGCAACCUGAUGCAGAUAUUGUACUAAUACGAGACACAGAAAAUGAAGUUCUUACUCGACUUAUUAAGGACCUCACAGAAGUCAAAGAAGAAGUUUUUAUUCGACACAACCCUUUAAUUGGAAUAAACUUUAAAGAAAAACUCAGAGAAAUUCUAAAUAAAGAAGCUGAUAAUAGUAAGGACAAGAUACAGAAGAUUCAUAAUAAUCUUAGAAAAGCUCUAGGACCUAGACGUGCUGCCCGAGCAUGA